AUGUUGAAGCUCAUCUUGCCUACAAUCUCUAUUUUGAUAGUGUGGAGUAGCUACAAGAUCUGGCCAGCGUUAUACAGCAUUAUCGAUGCUGAUGACUCUGAACAGGUUAUAAAGAAACUUCAAAGUACACAGUAUGACUUUAUUAUAGUUGGCGGUGGGACAUCAGGUUCAAUUAUCGUUAGAAAGCUUUGGGAUGGCUUUCAAAGACAUCAGUGUAAAUCAUUUCAUCAAGCGGCAAGUUCAGCUCCGCUGGCUACAGUGUGUAUACGUCAAACACUGUUCAGUAACAAUGACAGUCAGAUGUGUCAGCCAUUGUGUUUCACCCAUCAACCGAGAAUUCUGCUUCUGGAGUCUGGACCAAGAAUGAGUUGGUUGACAAAGAAAAUGAGCGAUACACCUCUGUUCACCCCAUUGCUUUAUGGACGAGGAAUAGAUACCACUUAUCAGACAACAUCACAAAAGUCUGCAGCUUUACAACUGAAAAAUAAUGUGAUUUUCUUACCUCAUGGAAGUGUUUUGGGUGGAACAGCACUACUUAAUGCAAUGAUAUUUACCUGUGGUCAUCCAGAUGACGAAGUGGUUAGGGAAUUUCUGAAAAAUGAUCCGGAAUUUUUUUCAACACUGUUCGACGGUAAAAAUGAAGGAUGUCAAUUGAAACCUGAAGUAAUUAAUCACCAGCCAUACAACCGACUGAUUCAUGAAUAUUUUGAGAAGGCCUUCAGUUUGAGAGGAUCACAGGUGGAUUCUUUUGGUUCAGCGUGUCAGUCUCACGAAGGACUUCAUAUUCCAAUUGUUUUCGUUCGUAAUGCUCAACGUAUCAGCUCGUUCAGUGAAUGCCUACUACCGCUGAUGAAUGAAAACCCCAAAGACUUAACAGUUAUCACAGGCAUACAAGUUGAAAAAUUACUGUUCAAUCGACGUGACUACGGGAAUUUAUCAGCCUACGGAGUUUUAGCGAAAUACAAAGGUCAUUCUUUUACAAUCAAAUUAAAGAACAGCCUCGUGGGGAGGCAAACGAGGUGGAAUCCUGAAAUCAUACUUAGUGCUGGUGCCAUAAAAACUCCAGAAAUUCUAUUAAGUUCUGGUGUAGGUCCAGUUGAAGACUACAGUAAUAAUAAGAAGCCUAAUCUUCUCAAUUUACCCGUUGGGAAAAAUCUUCAUGAUCAUCCAAUGAUUGGUCUGAUAUGCUCUGUUGUAAAUGGGAAAACAUUGACAAUGAACAGCUUUAGUGUAGCAGAAAUAUUUAAAUACUUUUGGCGAGGAGAAGGUAUCCUUUCACAAGCAUCAGCAGUGACUUCUAUUGGAUAUCAUCGAACUAGUUAUCAGAAGGUGGUGAACGACUCUCGUCCGGAUAUACAAUACACAAUUAUUUCCGCUUCGCCAUUCGAGAAAGACACCUUCAAAAUUGUCAGUGAAACAUUAACAAUAACCUUUACCUGUUAUAACAGCUGCUGGGCAAUUUUCAGCCAUCUGCUUGGGAUAAAUUCAGUAAAGAUGAAAAUGGGGAGAAUUUCGAAAGUCCUAUCAUCUUAUUGGUCGGCCUAAUCAAUCCUCGUUCAAGAGGUGAACUAAAGAUACAGAAUAGUGCUAACAAAAACAAUAAUAAGGGUAACAACUGUGAAAAUGGACAACUGGACAUUAAUCCAGCCUACCUUAGUGAACAGAGUGAUCUUGAUCGGUUAGUCGAGGGCAUAAUUUGGAUACACCAAACACUUUACUACAUCAACGAGGCGAAUCAACUCACCCAGUCCACAGUGACUACCAAUGAGAAACCAAUCAGCAUAAAGCUACAUUUGCCAAGGUAUUCGGGUUGUCCACAAAUUCCAAACGUCAAUAGCUCAAAAGACUUUGAGUCAAUUAAAUUUUCUAAAAAACUGAAAGCAGCUGUUACCUGUCUAGCCAAAUCAAUAACUCUUUCAAACUACCACUUAGUAGGAACAUGCAGUAUGAAAUUACCGAAUGCAAAGUUUUCACCGGUUGUUGAAGACAACUUCAAAUUAAUCGGAGUGAAUAAUGUUCGUAUCGGCGAUGCAUCGGUUAUUUCAAAAAUACCCAGCAGUAAUCCUGCUUCACUUAUUAUGGCUAUCGGUAAUCAAUUAGCUAAAUAUGUGAUAAAUGAAGGCUGGCAAUAGUCGCCUUUUGAGGCGGGCUGAACGCGAAAAGUGUCUUUAAAUGUGCAAUAUAUUGAAAUCCUCAACCAAACUUGUGAAUGACUAUGCUGAGGUGGGACCAAUAAGAAAACAAAAAAGACAUUAAUUGAAAGGUACUCACGCUGAUUGUCUCUCUUAUUUUCAGUUUAUUCAAACAAUCCUUGAAAAAAAAAUGAAUAAUCAAAAUUAUUUCGUCCAAUAUUCAAUGACGCGGGUUUACUGACUAGUUCUCUAUCAGCUUUCAUUCACGCACACACACACACACAUAUG